AUGAUGAACAAAAGUGAGAGAGAGUGUAGAAGAAGAACUGAUAGAGAACUUUCAAAGCUCUUCAUCUUCUAUCAUCACUCAACUAUAGCCUCUAUAUAUUUUCUCUUUCUGUUAGAGUGGUACCAUAACCCCAUCACCAUGAGACCAGAUGGAAAUCAAUUAGAUCUUAACAAUCUCCCUGAUGACAACUAUAGAGAUCAUCAUUCUAAACAACUUCUUCCUAACAUCAUCUCCUCGCCACCUGUUACAGGUUUUAAGGAAAAAGAAGGGAACGAAGAUGAUAGAAAAGACGAGGUUGAAAAGGUCUAUGAAUGUAGAUUUUGUUCCCUUAAAUUCUGUAAGUCUCAGGCUCUUGGAGGACACAUGAACCGUCAUCGUCAAGAGAAAGAAACAGAAAAGUUGAACAAUGCUCGUCAGCUUCUCUUACGUAAUGAUCAAAACCUUGUUGCUCAAGCUGCCCUUCACAUAGGAUGCUAUCCUACAAUGCCUAUGAGAUUUCAACCUUCUUUCUCUAGAUCAUCAUCUUCAAAUCAACCACCAUCUCAAGUUCAACAAUACAUGUAUAAUUCAUCUUCACAACCAAUUUCUUUCCCUACACAUUUCCUUCCACAACAUCAAAUGAAUGAUUACCGUGUGAGCCACCAGCAACAAUAUGUGGCAGGUGGGGGAGGAGGUGACAAGUCAAGCUACACGUGCAUAGGUGCACCCAUUGGACAAAGUUUUCUAGAUCAUACUGCAUCGAUCAAUCGAUUUCAAGAUGGUAAUUUGUAA